UUAAAUGUAUAAUACUCAUAUAAAUUAUCACAUUCCCAAUCACUUUCAUUUCACGGGUCUAAAGAAACGUAGACACAACCAAAAAUGACAAUAAUCCAUGCUUUAAGGAGAAUUAAUAAAUUUUCCACAAAAUCUGGUCCCUACUCGAUCCCUACUCCCUCCUGCAGUAACUACGCCCAACACUUUCCCCUGUCUCUAACAUCCCAUUAUUCAAUCAAUCAUCAAUCUACCAAUAAAGUUUUACAUAUUGAAUCAGUGUAUAAUCAUGCUUUAACUUGAACAAAAAAGUUGGUUAUUUGAUGCUUCUUCUUUCCCAAUGCUUAAUCAUUAUCUCAUUCUGCUGCUUUUCAACUUCUUCUGUACUUCUCAAGCAACAGAAUCCAGUUCGACAUUAUAUGAGUACUUAUGAAACCUGGAAAUUUUCCAUUCCGUCCAGAUGGUAGUGCAAUGUUGUUUUGUUGUACCAUUGGGUGAACAUAGGAUCUAAUGAUGGCAUGGGACUAGAUGAAGAGCUAGAAUUGUAUAUGUAGGAGCACAUAUGAUCCAUAGGUUUUUGCAACCGCAUUGGUUAUUAGAGUUUUUGGCAUUACUGAUUGAUAGAUUAUUGAAACCCAACACAUUAUUUAGUUUUGAGGAACAUUUUCUUGAAUGUCAGGGCGUCCAUAUGCUUUGCGGAUAAGCUGUGGAUCAAGGACGGACAUACGUAGUGCACCAACCAAUACAUUGUGGCAUAAGGAUUUUGCAUAUACAGGAGGAAUACCUGCCAAAGCUAGACGUCCUAGUUAUCUUACCCCUCCACUAUAUACCCUCCGUUAUUUCCCAUUAUCUGAGGGUCCAGAAAACUGUUACAACAUUAAACGUGUGCCUACUGGACAUCAUGCUGUGAGAAUAUUUUAUGGUCUGGUAGAAGAUUCAAACUUUGACGAUGAGCCUCUAUUUGAUAUUUCUAUAGAAGGCACGUUGGUGGAUUCUUUAAGUGCUGGAUGGAGUAAUCGAGAUGACCAAGUGUUUACAGAAACCUUUAUCUUUCUUACUGAUGGUUCUAUAUCCCUUUGCUUCCACAGCACAGGUCAUGGUAAUCCAGCAAUUCUUUCUAUCGAAAUUCAACAGGUUAAUGACAAGGCGUACUAUUUUGGGCCACAAUUUGGGAAAGGAUCAAUGCUAAAAACAGUUAAUAGGCUUAGCUGUGGCCAAGGGAGGCCAAAGUUCGGUGAAGAUUAUGGGGGUAACGCAUGGGGUGGGGAUAGGUUUUGGAAUUCACUGCGAACUCUACGUCAAAGUGCAGAUAAACCUAUUUCUACUGAAAGUCCUAUCAAGCUAAGUUCGAUUGCUCCAAAUUUCAAUCCACAAGGUGUUUACCAAUCAGCCUUAGUUAGCACAGAUGUUGCACCUGAGCUAACGUUUAUCAUGGAUGUGGAACCUAAUAGUAACUACUCGAUUUGGUUACAUUUUGCUGAGAUAGAGACUUCCAUCACCAAAGCAGGGCAAAGGGUAUUUGACAUCUUGAUAAAUGGUGAUAUUAGAUUUAAAGCUGUUGAUGUUGUUAACAUGACCGGGGAUGUGAAAACUGCUCUAGUAUUAAAUACAACUGUUGCUGUUGAUGGUCGGACUUUGACUAUCUAUUUGAAGCCUGUCAGUGGAAGUCUUGCUACAAUCAGUGCCAUCGAAGUCUUAAAAGUUAUUACAGCUGAGGCCAAAACUUCAACUGUCGAAGUUACUGCUUUGCAGUUGCUUAAAAAGGCACUGCAACUUCCUGAUCGUCUUGGGUGGAACGGUGAUCCAUGUAGUCCGCAACAACAUCCAUGGAAUGGAGCAGAUUGUCGUUAUGAUAGUACCAAAGGAAGUUGGUACAUUGGUGGACUAGGUCUUGACAAUCAGGGUUUGCAUGGUUUCCUCCCUCGAGAUAUAUCAAAGUUGAGUCAUCUACAGAGCAUAAACCUUAGUGGAAACAGCAUUCGUGGGACCAUCCCUCCAAUCCUGGGGACUAUUUCAACCUUGGAGAUUUUGGAUCUUUCUUACAAUUUUCUGAACGGCUCGAUUCCAGAGACCUUGGGAGACUUGCAUUCAUUACAAAUUCUGAAUCUGAAUGGAAACAAGCUGUCAGGGAGAGUUCCAGCUGCUCUUGGUGGAAAACUGUUACACAGAGCUAGCUUCAAUUUUACUGAUAAUGCAGGACUUUGCGGUAUACCAGGGUUGCGUACAUGUGGACCUCAUCUUUCUGCUGGUGCUAAAGUCGGCGUUGGCUUGGGUGUAUGCUUAGCAUUACUCUUAUUUGUUGGCUGCUUAAUAGUUUGGCGGAAAAGGCGACAGAAUAUUCUCAGGGUUCAAAAGCUAGCAGCUAGAGAAGCACCCUAUGCAAAGAAGAGAACCCAAUUCUCGCAUGAUGUGCAGAUGACAAUACACAGGACUGCUUCCGAGAAUGGCCCAAUAUUGUUAUCUUGAACCCCUCCAGGCUACAGGGUACAACAUCAUUUCACAAAGAGAUUCUGAAAUGUGAAUCCUCAUUCAUCUCUGGUUUGGAUAAGGUAGCAGGUGUUCAUUUGUUUGGAUGACAAUGUCGGUGCCAUUAUCCUCGAUGCUUGCUUCACAAACUUUUGAUAGGGACCUAACAUUAGACUAUAGUGAACAUUGUAGAUUUGGCGCAUCUUGUAUAAUUUUUUCGCUCUGUAAUGAAACACAAUAACAGCUGAUUGGUACAGCGCUCAGCAACUAUAGUAUCACCUAUCUACUUCUUUUAGUAUCUGCCUACAGGAUUCAACUUGACUUCAGUUUAUUUAGUCUAAUAUCAAUAGUGUCAUUACUUUACUCUUGUAAAAGACUGCUUUUUGAUAAGACAAUCUAAAUUAAGGAACUUGUAUACUAUUAAAAUUAUUUGGAC